CUCGCUCCAUCAACAUGGGUUCCAAAGACAACAACAGGAUAUUGCAUCCUUGCUUCUGUAUUUCUGAGAUUCUGUUCUCAGUGUUAAACGUCCUUCCCAAGUCCUCUCUGCCAGCUGUCGCCAGAACAUGUCAAACUCUGAAAGAACUCGCACUAGACGUACUCUACUACGAAAUGGACACCCUCAUCGACGUGUUUCUAUGCCUAUCUGAUGAUCUGUUGCUCAUAUCACCUGGGGGGUGGGUUAACUCGAGAAGACUCACGUUCCGGCGCGGCAUGCUCCCAUCUGACUGGCAGACCCUGCGGCGAUAUCUCAACCGCGUUCGCUUACUGCGGUUGACCGAACAAGGCCGCAACGACACUCUGUCUCUCGACGUGUUCAAAGCCGUGAAACCGUACUGCAAUGGGUGCUUAUUCCCUAAUCUACGUUCCUUGACUCUCGAUGCAGUCGUCCUUCCCUCAAAAUUCUUAGGUCUUCUUUUAGGUCCUCGUCUGACAACAGUGCGGCUACGGAGGUUUGAUCCCAUCACCUUGAGUUUUGUCAGGGACGUCAUUAAGUCCUGCCCAAUGGUCACCAAUCUAGGCAUCCAAUGGACUUCAUUUAGUGACGGAUACGACAACGAUGUUCUGAACAUCAUGGAAGACCUUACUCGUCUCCGUCAGCUAAAGACUCUGAAGUUCUUCACACAUCUUCAUAGUCUCUCUCGUUUACUUCUUAUUCCGACUCGCCUCCCCGUUUUGGAGUGGCUGCACGUCACCGUCCACAGAAAUGAUCUUACGUUCCUGAAGACACUGCCUUCCUUCACCUUCUCCCAUCUCAGGAAGCUCCGCGUUACAGGCGCGGAGCCCAUUCAGAUCGCACAAGUCGUCCGCGCUUGCAAUCUACGCACCGUCUCUACCUUCACAGCCAACGUCUGGACCUCUUCCCAAAAUGAUGAUCCGGAAGGUCUAUCGGCACUCACACGCGCACUCGGCUCGUCUCUCGAUCCGACCCACCUCCGCGAAAUCAACAUCGGUCAAUCAACGGUCCCUCGAAACAUGCGUGAUCUUUCCCCUCCGACGUUCGUCCUGAACGCCGGCGUUUUCGAGCCUCUGUACGUCUUCCGCUGGUUGACGACUCUGUCGUGCACGUUCCCCACACAGUUCGCGCUCGACGACGUCACACUCGCGCUCCUCUCUUCUUCGCUCCCGCGUCUCCAGAAACUCUGCCUGUGCGGCGAGAUGGGCUGGCAAGGCGCGUACGGCACGACACUUACGGGGCUCGCGUGUGUGCUCCAGAACUGUGUCGAUAUGUGCGAUCUCGCGCUUAUCGUCAACGCGACGGCGGCGCGCAACGCGGCUUUUGCCUCCUCCCAGGAUGUCCCUAGCAUGGGACUCAACGCACGCAUUACAGAAGUGCGGCUCGCGGAUUCGCUCAUCGACAAUGAGGUAUUCGCUGCGACGCAGAUGCAGAGGAUGAUGCCGCGCCUGAGAACGUUCAUGCAGCUCGAGGGGGGAUUCGUCGUGGGGAGGUGUGUUUCCGAUAAAUGGACGGCAGCCCAAAGACUGUUGAGAGCGCUGUCAUCCUCGCAUACAGGACAGGUUAGUUGCAGUGAAGAAGAAAAGCGCAUUUGAGGUGACGAUUGCGGGCUUGUACUAUACAAAUAUCAAUUAAUACUAAGCGGCCUUCUGAUAUAAUCAACCCUCUCAAUAUCG